AUGAGUUUGAGGGAGAGGUUGGGGUCACUCUCGCGACGGAAGACUCGAAAGAAGGAAAAGGAGAGGGAGCAAGACGCCACAGGUACCGAUAAUGAGGGCUCUGGACCGACAGUUUUGAAGAGGAAGAACACGCUGAGAGGAAGACGGAAGGAUGCCGAAAAGGACAAGGCACUUCCACCGCCACCUAUACUGCAGCCGGAGGUUGGAUUCAUUCCUGGCAGGAGCUUUGUUGGGCGAGUUUUGGAAUGCGGCUGGGAGGUAAAGGAGGAAGUAAUUCGCAAGGGUGAAUGGGUGGUCGGAUUGCUUGAACCAAAAAAGAGCGGCGCGUUGACCGAAUUCAUCGUUGUGGAUCGCCGUCGCAUCAAGCGAGUCCCACAUCCGGCUUCAGUACCCGGAGAAGAAGCUGCGUCAGGGACAGCUACCACGACCUCAUUCAACUCUUUCUCCUCCGGUUCAACCACUAAGCCACCUCGUAUGCCUCAAUCGUCAUUAACCUUGGAAGAACUAGCCUUGCUUCCACUUUGCGGUCUACCUGCAUAUCGAGCGGUUCGGACCUUCAUGCGAGCGUUCUCUGGCUUGGCGAACAUGCCGCUCAGUCCAAGAGCUUACGACUAUCCCACUUUCGCAUCGGCCAUGAGCAAUGGGACGUUCCUGGGAGGCCAUCAUCAUCUACAUGCCGAUCAUGAACCUCAUCGAAAACGAAGAGCACUGGUACUACGAGGGCAUGACGGGGUCGGAGCAAUGGUCGUGCAAAUGCUGGCUCUUAGAGGAUGGCGCGUCUCUGUCCAUGUGCCUAUCCCAGGUCCUCAAGACCAGGAGGACGUACAACGUUACAUGCUCGAGUCAGAGGCACGUGUGCUCCACCUCGGCGGAGAAGAAGUGGUAUUCGACGAUGGAGGAAACACUGCCGAUCCUUGGUGGGACGAGGGACGGGGUGCGGCUGUGCGCGUGCUUGAGUGGCUGAGGGAGGACGGAGAUGUGUUCGACGCGGUUCUAGACACAAUAGGUGGAAAGGAGGUCAGGGAAGCAGCGGAAAGACUGCUGAGGUCGGUUGGAAGAGAUGAUGGCGAGGAGGAUCCGACAGGCAAAGGAGCGAAGAAGACCGGUGCUGGGCAAUUCACCACACUUGUUGGGGAUGUCCCUGAACGCACGAUACCCACAGCGGCGGACAACUUCAGAGCCGGGCUGAGGUCCCUCAAGUUUGGGACUGGCGGAGGCAGCCCCCAGUCCGAAGCUGGGGCAACAGCUACCCCCAGCGAAGAAACCCGAAGCAAAGUGGGAUACGCGUGGAUUAGCGUAACCCAGGAUGUCGACUGGGAAGGGGAGGACAUUCCAGAGACGCUUACGAACGUGCUGCGUCUGGCAGUGGAACAUGGCAUCAGGCCUAUAGUUCCGCGUAUCUCGGUUGGAGGCGAGUCGACCGCGAUGUAUACUUGGAAAGGAGGAGUGAUUCCAUUUGAGCGUACUCCGGAGAUUUUCGUUGACGGAGAUGGACCCCUGUGCAAUGGCGGAACGAUGGUUGCGAAGGUUGCGGGGUGA